UUUGCAAAAGUCGCAUCAUGCUCUCGUACGUUCUCCACGUUCUGUUCGUUACUUUAUGGUUCGGAAAAGGGACUGUUGCAGUUGAAAACAACACUCUGGACCAAUCUACCAGCAACGGAAUCGGUUAUGAGAUUGUUCAGGAACGCCUCGAUCAUCUCCAAUAUCGCUUCCUGGAGAUGUUCGUCCACGUCAAAGAACUCGGCGAAACGGUCCUGAACAACCAACGAUCGCUCGAAGAGGGUCAACUGCAGACCAACAACCUGGUCGCACAUCACCAGAAGCUGCUGACCGCCCAGGUGGACGACCUGUCCUUUAACGUUUCGCUGGUGACCGCCUACUCGAGGCAGGUGUUGAACCUCCAGUCGGUCUGCGCCAACCAUGACCUCAUCCGGAAGAGCUUGGAGGGGGUGAAACCUGAAGGGGGAAAGAACUCGGCGACUAUCGAGUCGUGCAGUUGCGCCGAAUCGAAGUCUUCCGGAUUGUUCAGGAUGAAGGUGCCGAACUCUGCGGGGGUGACGAUGAGCGUGUUAUGUGAACUUCAGCGUUUCGGAGGUCAUUGGUUGGUCAUUCAGCAGCGUUUCGAUGGGUCGGAGAAUUUUACCAGGAGUUGGUCGGAGUAUCGGGAGGGGUUUGGAGUGGUUGGUGAGGAGUUUUGGCUGGGUUUGGAAGUGGUUCAUCGGCUGACGAAGAGUUCCCCGCACGAGCUGCUCGUUGAGCUGGAGGACUUUGGUGGGGCUUACAAGUACGCUCGGUACGCGUCGUUUGCAGUGGCUGGAGAAGAUCAACAGUACAAGUUGUUGAACGUUGGUGGGUUUGCUGGAACUGCGGGUGAUUCGAUGGAGAAGCACAAGGGAAUGAAGUUUACGACGAUCGAUAGGGAUUACGAUACCAAUCCUAAGAAUUGUGCGGAAAUUUCGAAAGGUGCUUGGUGGUUCCAUAAUUGUCAUGAGAGCCAUCUUAAUGGACAACAUUUGGACGAAAAGAACUGGAACGCAAUCAACUGGAACAGUGGUUGGGGCAACCAAGGAUUGAAGUUUACGAGAAUGAUGAUUCGAAGAAAGUAGAUACUAGAGAUGUUUGAUGUUAUUUCUUGAGCACAAUACAUUCAGUCCACCAAUCAUCAG